AGCUCAGAACACCAAGACGGGAUGCACUUUAGUGGACCGUUGGCCGUGUUUACCGCUCUACUGACGCUGGUGGCAUUUCCUGUCCAGAUUAAGACCGAUUCCACGGCUUCCACGGAGCUUUACGGGGACAUAGAAAAUUCGGAGUACGGCGACUUUGAGUCCCUAAGUCAAACUCGCGAGCGCCAGCAACAUCUGUGCCAUCGAGAGGUGCCAUCUGUGUUUUUUCAAACCGAGCGGGAUUCCCCGGUGCGUGGUAAUGGGUCCACGAUCUACUUUCAUCGCAUAGAGGUCUGUUGCAUGGGCUACCGUCGCGAUCCGUAUGCCCAUGAAUGUGUGCCGGACUGCUCCGCAUCUUCGCCGGACAACUGCCGUAAUGGCUUCUGUCGCAGUCCGGGCGUUUGCGAGUGCUUCGCAGAGUUUGUCCGUAACGAACAUGGUGCCUGUAUCCACACCUGUCCGAUUGCUUGUCAGCAUGGGAGGUGUUAUCUAAACGGAACCUGUGCCUGCCACCAGGACUUUGUCCUGGAUCAGGAGAGCCGCCAGUUCUGCCGGCCGAAGUGCUCGCAGCAAUGUGGCACCCAUGAGGAGUGUGUGGCGCCCGGCCAGUGCGACUGCUCCCCAGGCUACCGAAGAACGCCGGACUUGGGAUGCCAACCGGUUUGUGCUCCGGACUGCGGAUUUGGCAAGUGCGUGGCGCCCAACCAGUGCGAGUGCUUUGCCGGGUUCAUUAAACGGCCCAACCGGAAUGUAUGCGAAGCUGAGUGCUACCUGAACUGCGAGAAUGGGCUCUGUGAGUCGCGGUACAAGUGUCACUGCCGAGAAGGGUAUCGCUACGAUGUGAACACCACCAGCUGUUUGCCGGAGUGCAGCGACAACUGUGGCCAAGGAAAUGGGAUGUGCAUUGCGCCCGGAGUGUGUCGCUGCUUCCGAGGAUACGAGGUCCAAGGUGCCGACUGUAGGCCCAAGUGUGAGAGAUCCUGCGGCAAAUACGGUCGGUGUGUGGCUCCCGAAAUCUGCGGCUGUGGUGAGGGUCAACAGCAUUGCCGGAACGGAAGCUGCGACGAUGUGGAGCACUGCAGUUGCCCACCGGGGGAAACCCACUUCAUCGAUCGCUGUUUGAAGGCAGACCGCCUCAGCCAGCAUCUUAACACCAGCGAAAAGAGAAAGCACUUCAAUCGCCAGCUUGCUUACGAGUUUAAUGCCCUGAUCGGGCGUCUAUUUAGUUUCUGAUCUAAGGUGCAACAAUAAAUCUUGUAAGGUGAACUUAAA